UCCAAAAUAUUUUAUUCUCCUCGCAAGCUUUAGGGUCUUCCUCUAAGUCUAUAUGGUAGUAAUACAAAAAAAGAAGAGCAAGGGCGGUCAAAACCCUAGAAAUCUGAAUCUAAGAUUUCAAAUCGCAGAGGCAGCAGAAUCUGGUAGUUCGAUCAUCAUCUCUCUCCGUGCUAAAGAUAGCGAUGGCAGGUCAGAGGAGUAGUUACGGAAAACGUUCGCAUUCGCAGUCGGAGUACGCUGACAACGGCGGCGGAGGAGGAAACAAAAGGAGAAAUUCCGGCGAAGAAAGAGAGCAAUUCAUCAUCGAUGCGGAGGACACCGUUUACCGUUACUUGUGCCCGGUGAAGAAGAUUGGGAGCAUAAUUGGGAGAGGAGGAGAGAUUGUGAAGCAGCUGAGGGUGGACACAAAGUCCAAGAUUCGAAUCGGCGAGACGGUGCCGGGCAGCGAAGAGCGGGUGGUUACUAUUUACAGUGCGAGCGAUGAGACGAAUGGGUUCGAAGAUGGCGGGACGUAUGUGGCUCCGGCUCAGGACGCUUUGUUCAAGGUCCAUGAUAGGGUGAUUGCUGAGGACACGCAUAAUAAUAUUGACGAGGAAGCGGACGGUAGUGGUGGCGGGGGGCACCAUGUGACUGCGCGGCUUCUUGUGCCGUCUGAUCAGAUUGGUUGCAUUAUUGGGAAAGGAGGGCAGAUUGUUCAGAACAUUCGAAGUGAAACCGGUGCGCAGAUUCGGAUUCUCAAGGAAGACCAUUUGCCUUCUUGUGCCUUGAACUCUGAUGAGCUUGUGCAGAUAUCUGGGGAAGCUCCGCUUGUUAAGAAGGCUCUUUUUCAAAUUGCAUCUCGCCUACAUGAUAACCCGUCACGAUCUCAGCAUUUGCUUACUUCUUCGGUGCCUAUGUAUUCUGGUGGUUCACUCAUGGGUCCAUCUGGUGGUCCCCCACUGAUGGGAAUUGCUCCAAUGAUGGGUCCUUAUGGAGGGGGGUACAAAGGUGAUGUUGGAGACUGGUCACGCUCCUUGUACUCGGCUCCAAGAGAUGAAGCAUCCUCAAAAGAAUUUUCUAUUCGCUUGGUUUGUCCAACUGCAAAUAUUGGAGGUGUGAUUGGAAAGGGUGGUACCAUAAUUAACCAAAUUAGACAGGAUUCUGGGGCUGUCAUUAAAGUUGAUAGUUCAGCUACUGAAGGAGAUGAUUGCCUAAUUACUGUAUCGGCAAAAGAGUUCUUUGAAGACACAUUCUCAGCAACUAUAGAAGCAGCAGUGCGUUUGCAACCCAGAUGCAGUGAAAAGGUAGAAAGAGAUUCAGGAAUUGUCUCAUUCACAACCCGCCUGCUUGUUCCAACCUCACGAAUUGGCUGCCUAAUUGGGAAGGGUGGAGCUAUUGUAACUGAGAUGAGGAGACUUACCAAAGCUAAUAUUCGCAUACUUUCCAAGGAAAAUCUUCCCAAAAUUGCAUCUGAAGAUGAUGAAAUGGUGCAGAUUUCUGGAGACCUUGAUAUUGUUAAGGAUGCUCUUAUACAAGUAGUUACCAGAUUAAGAGCAAACAUUUUCGACCGGGAAGGUGGAAUGUCGGGAUUCCUGCCAGUUCUGCCUUAUCUUCCUGUGUCAGCAGAUGGUCCAGAUGGUCCAAAUUAUGAUAGUAGGGAUGGUAGAAGACAUGGCCGUGGGCAUUCAUAUAAUGCUGGCUAUGGUGGCUCAAGUGAUUUUGCAGCUAAUGACAGUUAUGGAAGUUAUGGUGGUUCACAGAUUGGUGGUAGCGGCAGUGCUUACGGAGCCUAUGGAAGUUUUUCUUCUGGGCGGAGUGGUAGUUCUGGGUUAUCUAGCCAGAACCCUGUUUCUCGGAGGAGAAACUAUGUUUAAUGAUGGUCCCAUCAGCUGAGUUCUAUGAAGCCUGAAGCCAGCCUACUGUCUGCCUAAACCAGAAGACGAACCAGCAUAUGACAUAGUCAUGGCCCACCUUGACGAAUCUACUUAAAAAGUCCAAGAAACCAAAAUUACCAAGCUUCCUUAGAAACCAUAUACCAGCUUGCCUGCCCAUGUUGCUGUUUUUCCUGUUACACUUUGACAUUAUGAAGCCAUGUUACUUCAACGUUGCCUCUGUAUUUGUGUUUUCUCAGCUAUGUAGUUUGAUUACUUUGUUGUUUGAAUUUAUAUGUUGUGGAUCAUGAAAACUUAACCGGUUACUUUGUGAUGUAGCAGAUUGUUGUACCAUCUGACUGCACGCAUUUAUGAUUUCACUUCUAUAUCGUUUCAUAUUACAUUUUGGUUUCCGAUAUCUGUUGUGAAAUCCAUCUACAUAACUGUUUUUGGGGUCUACUAGUUCUGAUUUAAAAAUGACGAGGAUGUGUAAUUGAAGCUCAAUCUCAACACGACUAGGGUAGUGGAAUUGGAGUAGACUCGAGGGAUCUGUUUCUAGAGUAGCUACCAUUACUUAAGCUGUGUGCUUGGUGGUGUUUGCGCUUGUGUUUGAGCUUUAAUUAGACACCUGCCUGCAUUUUUAUAAAUUGAAUGCCAUGCAACGAAAUAUUUGCUGUCCUGGGAAAUUUUUGGUUGAACACAAAAUUUAAGUGCAAGGUUCCUAUCAAGUUCUGCUGCUGGCAGUUUUGUUCAUGUUCAUGUUCAGGUAAGUUUGGAGUUUCUUUCAAUUGUUUGUUACAUCCCAACUCGAUGGAUGCUGGAGCUUCAGACCUAAGUUUUGAAGGCCUAGUCGGAAAGUUGUGGGGUUGAAACUCGACGAUUCUGAGUGGUUAUAUGAAUGAAUGCCGUCGGCAUGAUCAUGAUACAAGAAUUGCUUGUUGCAAACACGAUUUAAGCAGGCGUAUAUAUCCUCUGUUGGUUGAGUACAUAAUCUGAUCGGCAACUUAUUGCGUAUUGUUUGUACCUAGUGGCUCUGGAUGGGAUUGACUUUUGCAAUUUUGUUUUUCUCUUUGGAGGGAAGGGGAUGUGUGCGGGUUGUGUACUUGUCGGGGCGCGGCCCCGUCAUGCUUUUGUAGUUCAGCAGUUUUUCUCUUGUUUAUGAGUUGGUGUGAUGUGUUUUGAAGCCUUUGGUUGCUUUCUGCGUCUUGGUGUUUAUCACAAAUGUCUGAAGGGAAUCAAGAAAUUGCCUUUCCGGUG